UUGAAUUUGUGUUUCUCGUCGCCUUCCUUUGUUUACAGCCCCAGCGUCUAAGGGAGAAAUAAAAGGGAAAUAGAUGCGUGCACACCCGCAUCUAUUUCCCUUUGGGUUGCUGUGAGAUUUCCGGGCUGUCUGGCCAUGUUCCAGAAGCAUUCUCUCCUGACGUUUUCGCCCACAUCUAUGGCAGGCAUCCUCAGAGGUUGUGAGGUAUAUAGGAAACUAAGCAAGGAAGGUUUAUAUAUCUGUGGAAGGUCCAGGGUGGGAGAAAGAACUGUUGUCUGUUGGAGGCAAGUGUGAAUGCUGCAAUUAAUAACCUGAAGGGAUUAUUUCCCUUUAUUUUCCCUUAAAGCUGAGGCUGUAAACAUAGAUGCGUGUGUGUUGGGUAGGACUGAAAUAUUAACCCUCCUGGCUCCUCCAGGUGGGACAACGGGGUUGGAAGGAGCCCUGAAACUGACCAGGAAGGCAAACAGACCUUAAAUAAUAAGUUUGGCCAAAGGAUCCACCCAAGCCCCAACAUUCCCUUUCCCAGUUGGAAGGGUGCGCUGCAACUUAAUGGCAGGAGCCCUUCGCAGGCAGCCGCCUCUCUCUUUCUCCUCUUGGCUUCGGCUGGAGGAAUUCCUUCCUCACAAUGGAGGGACCCAGGGCCAAUUGUCCUCCCCUACUGUACCCUCCACCGAAAGGCGGGGAUCGGAGGGAGGAGGGAGAGAGAGAGAGGGUUGUUGUUGGAAAGAAUCGCUGGAAGUUGCUUCGAAGGGGUUCCAGAGGAGAAGGAAAGAAGGGAGCCCUGCUUUGUUGGGACGGUUUACAUUCUGGAAAAAUGUUUUGGUUUUAUUUUUAUUUUACAGGCUGGGGAGCACACAGGGGUGCAGGGAGGGGAAAAAGAAACAUUUAAAUUUUUUCCAAAAAAUAUUUUUUUUAAAAAAAAUCGCAUGAGAUGUUAUUAGUGUGCCUGUCUGUCUGUUUCUCUCCCCUCCACCUCCAAACUUCUUGAGGUGGGUGUCAAAACUUUGGCGGUUGACUUUGUGAAGGGCUCCCGGCUCGGCUGUGAUUUGUGAGGUGCGGAGGAGCAGCUCCUGACCCUCGGGGAAGAUAAAUCCGGGAGAAGGAAGCCAACCCGGGGCAGGAGGAAGCCCUCAGGACCAGCCGGAGGGAGGAAGCGAGCCAGAGCCGCCGGCAGCAGCUCCCCAGCCUCAGCCAAGAAGCAGGCAGGCACAAAACUACAACACACACAAACAUCUCCCCCCUCUCUCAAUCCCCUCUCAUAUCAGUACAGAUUAGGAGGCGAAAGGGGACCGAGCCAGGGCGGGUGGGCGUUCAGAGAUAGCCAUCCCCCCCUUUUGAAAAAAGUGUAAAUACUGCCUUUCUGGCCCCCAAUGAGGCGUUCCUUCCCGACUUUUUUGGAUCAAUCAAACAGACAGUGGCUUCUUUUGAUUAAAGCCCAAAUUGUCAUUGGGCAGAAGCAAUCAUGUGACAGCCAAUUCGGUCCAAUUUCAACCUUGUCUCCAUGAAUUCAAUAGUUUAAUAGUAGCACGGUCCCCAUACGGCUGUAAUCAGUGAAUUAGAAAAAAAACACCCCACCAGCGAUCUCCUAUGAUAUUUUUCCCCCUUCCUUUUCUUCCUCUCUCUCUCUCUUCCUCCCUCUCUCUUCCUCUCUCCCUCUCUCCCUCUCGCUUUUCACCCUCCCCCCCUUUUUUCCCUGGGCCUUGCUCCCCCCCUCCCCUCCCCCCCUCCCCGAAGCGCUAAAUAAGAGGGAACUUUUUCUCCAAGGGGGCUGCGAGUUGAAGGCCAUGAAUUUCGAAUUUGAGCGAGAGAUUGGUUUUAUCAAUAGUCAGCCAUCGCUCGCUGAGUGCCUGACAUCUUUUCCCCCUGUCGGUGAUACAUUUCAAAGUUCAUCAAUCAAGAACUCGACGCUUUCACACUCGACACUGAUUCCUCCUCCUUUCGAGCAGACCAUCCCCAGCCUCAACCCAGGCAGCCACCCUGCUCGCCACCACGGAGGAGGCAACCAAGGCGCCGGCGGCCGGCCCAAGCUCAGCCCCAAUGGCCACGGAGGCAGCCCCCUGCCAGCCGGAGCCCUCCAGCCCGCGGAGUACCCCUGGAUGAAGGAGAAAAAAGCCUCCAAGAAAGGCGCCCUGCCGCCCGCCGCCUCGGCCUCCACCCCGGGACCAGCUUGCCUCAGCCACAAAGAAUCUCUGGAGAUCUCCGAAAAUGGGAGCGGGGCCUCGAGGAGGCUGAGGACGGCUUACACCAACACGCAGCUUUUGGAGCUGGAGAAGGAGUUCCAUUUCAACAAGUACCUCUGCAGACCCCGGCGGGUGGAGAUCGCGGCUCUGCUGGACCUGACGGAGAGGCAAGUCAAAGUCUGGUUUCAGAACCGGCGGAUGAAGCACAAGAGGCAGACCCAGUGCAAGGAGAACCAGAACAGCGAGGGGAAAUUCAAAGGCUUGGAGGACCCCGAGAAAGCCGAGGAGGAGGACGAGGACGAGGAGGAGGACGAGGACGAGGAGGAGGAAGAGAAGUCCCUCUUCGAGCAAGCCCUCCACAGCCUCCCCGGGCCCCUUUUGGAGAGGGACGGCUUCCCUUUCCCGCAGGCGCCCCAGCCCCACCACAACGGGGAGUCCCCCCGCUUCCCCGUCUCGCCUUUGGCCAGCAAUGAGAAAAAUCCGAAACAUUUCCAGCACCAGUCGCCCACUGUUCCCAACUGCCUGUCAACAAUGGCCCAGAACUGUGCCGCCGGCCUCAACAAUGACAGCCCGGAGGCCCUGGAGGUGCCUUCCUUGCAGGACUUCAGCGUUUUCUCCGCAGACUCCUGCCUCCAGCUCUCCGAUGCCGUCUCCCCCAGCUUGCCCGGCUCCCUCGACAGCCCCGUCGAUCUCUCCGCCGACAGCUUUGACUUUUUUACCGACACACUCACCACCAUUGACUUGCAGCAUCUGAAUUAUUGAAAACAAUCACAGACCUUCAUAUGCGCCAACUAGGGUUAUGCUUUCGGGUCUCUGCCUUCUCCAACUUCUCCCCCACCUCUCUCUUUUUGCCUUUCUCUCCUUCCUUCAGUCUCCAUGGAUCUCUAUCCACCCCAAAACACAAACACUGCCCCCCUCUCCCCAUCCACAGAUCAUGAUUUGAGCUCUUUCCUUUCCUGGUCGGUCUUUUCUUGCUUAUUCUCCCUAUCUUGGUGUGUUGCCAUUUAUUUUUCCCCCUCCUAUGCCAUCCUUAGUUGUGUUCGGUUUGACCUAACCACAUCCUGGGAGCUCUGAAAGCAAUAUAUGAGGCCUGUGAGAAAGUGAUCAUAUCGAAUUGUAUCGUCACUUUCUUUUUUAUUUUUGUAUUGCCUUAGGAUGCGUUGUCAUAAGUAUUUUUGGUAGAAUAAAUUUCUUGUUUGCUACAA